UAAAAUAAUAAAAAAAAUUAUUUUAAUUAACAGUAAUUAAUUAUUCCCAAUGAAUCUAAGGCUGAAUUAAAAAUAGGAAAAAAAUGGUUUAUAUUUGUAAUAAACAAUUUAAAUAAUGUGAAAAAUGAGUUCAAUAAAUGGUGAAUGUUGCACAUUGUGUAUAUUUUUCGUUGUCUUAAUUCACCUAACUGUAUCAUACAAAAUGAUUAAUAUAGUCGAUUAUAAGCAAUGUCCUCGUUUAGGUGAACGUAACGUUGAAUUAGAAACCGAUUCGUUCUCGGGUUUAGUACUUACAUUAGGCACGCUAAAAGAUAGCGCCUGGCAUAGGGAUGACAAUUUCGUGUGCAAAUUUGACGUGAAACCUUUUAAUCCCAGCAUGGGUAUGUUUAUUGUAAUACAAAGUAUUGUGUUUCGCAAGAAUUCCACGGGAGGAUGUAUCGACUAUAUUCAGUAUAGAAGGGGCGACGGGUCUACGAGUAGACAGUAUUGCGGCAGUUUAACUGCGUCUUUGGGAAUGGAUCGCAUUUUCGCACCUGAUGUGUAUGUUAGCGAGGUAGCGCCGACUGUAAACUCGUUUAUCAGUCACUUUGGUAAGGUUGAAGUUACAAUUCACAUAUCGAAGGAGCCUUUGAAAGCUCACCAAGAAAUGAAUUUGGAGGUGGUUUUUACACAAUUUUCUUCUUGUAACAUGAGAGAUUAUCGUGAUUGUGGUAAGCAGUAUAAAAAUUAUUGUAUUUACAAGGACUUUUUCAAUGAUGUCUAUGUAAAUUGCCCGUUUCCUGAUUGUACAGAUGAAGGGGGCUGUGACCGACAGAUUACUACACCUCCUAAUUCGAUGGCCAAUAAUGUUGUGAUCGGAUCGGUAACGAGUCUCUUUGUAGUGUUUCUGUUUUUUAUCUGUAGCUUGUGGUUGUGUCGCAAGUACAAAAAAUUCUGUUGGGAUGAAAAUUUUGCAAAUUCCAGCAAUACAAAUCGCACGGUGGAGACUGAGGAAAAUGAAGAAACCUCUAAUAACAUUUCCCUGCCCAGUACCACCAGAGACACAACGUUGCAUAAUAUAAAUGCGGAUGAGGAUAAGGAUUUACCUCCGGCCUAUGAUACUUUAUUUCCCAACAGAUAACUUUAGAUAAUUGGCUCGCAGUUAUAAUUGAGACUUUUGGUAGCAACGUUUCUGAAAUUUCAUCCGUUUAAACAAAAACUUCAUACUUUUGAAGCUUCAUUGAAUAACACUAGUCAUUUACCUAUCACCUCGAAGAUCAAACGGAAUGUAUGCUUCAAAUGUCACAUUUGUUUUUAGAAAAAUCAAAUCUUCCAUUUUUAUACCAUUCUAAUUUGGCACUUUUAGGGGUGGGGGGGGGCGGGGAUUGUAAGUUGGUAUUUACAUUUUUAUGUUGUGUUCCCUCACAUUCGACUUUGAACAUUGUAUCGUGAGUUAAAGUUGCAUUUAUUUAGAUAUUUCCCUUUUUUGCAGACACUCGGAAGAGGAAGCAUAAAUUGUGGUCCGGCUUUAAUUAUAUCAAGACAUCUUUUCUGAAUGUUAUGCUUUCUCUGUUUUAGGAUACCUGCUUGAUCAGUCUUGAUGCUACGAAUUGUUAAAAUAAGGGGUGGAAGUUUUUAAGUUCAAAAAUAAUACCCGUGAAUGUCUACUGAACUUUAUUUUUUGAAAUUCUCAACACUCUCUACUUUAUAUUAUGGAUGCCCCCUAUGUACUCAGUGCUCAAAUGGGAAAAAGAUGUCAAAAUAAAAAGGAUUUAGCUUGAAAUCAUUGGGUGCCUGUAUAGUCUUCAUGAACAAAUUUUAACUUUUGGUUUCAAAUUUGAAAUAUCUUUUCGCGCCCUUCAACCUCCAAAUUGAAACCUUUGAGUUUCACAUUGAAAUUUGAUAAUACGCUUGCCCGUGCAUUUUAGAUAAAAUCAUUUUUUGAAUAUUUCCACUCUUUAAACAUUGAAAUACUGAUAUUCAAGAAAGUAUUUUGAAUGACAACUUUAAAAUAUAAUUUUUAUAGCAUUUCCCUUAGUUUGUUUAAAGUAAUACGGGAGGGGGAAGGGGGUACAUAAGAAAAUUACUCAAUUCAAUAUUGUUAUUAUGGAAUUGCCGAAUUUAGAAUGCAUUAUUUGUUAGGUGAAAAAUAUUUCCUUGCGUAAAAACUGCUACUGUUCCCCUUACCAUCCGAAAAUUAACUAAGAUUUUUCUUUAAAAUUUUCUCCCAGUUCCUAUUAAUUUUUCCAGCAUUUUACAUAAAUUUUUCCAAUUUUCACCUUAUUGCACCAAAUUUUUUUAAUACUCUUAGAAUUUCGCGAAUUGAAAAAUGUUAGUAUAUGUUCAACCUUUUUUAAAAUGGCUGCCAUGAUGCCUGCCUUUUUUUAUUUUCUAAUUUAGACGGAAAUUUUUAACCUCCAAAUUGAACCCUUUGAGUUUCACAUUGAAAAUUGAUAAUACACUUGCCCGUGCACUUUAGAUAAAAUCAUUGUUUGAAUAUGUCCACUCUUUAAACAUUGAAAUACUGAUAUUCAAGAAAGUAUUUUUAAUGACGACUUUAAAAUAUAAUUUUUAUAGCAUUUCCCUUAGUUUGUUUAAAAUAAUACGGGAGGGGGAAGGGGGUACAUAAGAAAAUUACUUAAUUCAAUAUUGUUAUUAUGGAAUUGCAGAAUUUAGAAUGCAUUAUUUGUUAUGUGAAAAAUAUUUCCUUGAGUAAAAACUGCUACUGUUCCCCUUACCAUCCCAAAAUUUACUAAGAUUUUUCCUUAAAAUUUUCUCCCAGUUUCUAUUAAUUUUUUCAGCACUUUCCUCAAAUUUUUCCAAUUUUCACCUUAUUUGCACCAGAUUUUUUAAAAACUAUUUUAGAAUUUCGUGAAUUGAAGAAUGUAAGUAUAUGUUCAACCUUUUUUAAAAUGGCUGCCAUGAUGUUUGCCUUUUUUAUUUUCUAAUUUAGACGGAAAUUUUUAACCUCCAAAUUGAACCCUUUGAGUUUCACAUUGAAAAUUGAUAAUACACUUGCCCGUGCACCUUAGAUAAAAUCAUUGUUUGAAUAUGUCCACUCUUUAAACAUUGAAAUACUGAUAUUCAAGAAAGUAUUUUUAAUGAAAACUUUAAAAUAUAAUUUUUAUAGCAUUUCCUUUAGUUUGCUUAAAAUAAUACAGGAGGGGGAAGGGGGUACAUAAGAAAAUUACUCAAUUCAAUAUUGUUAUUAUGGAAUUGCCGAAUUUAGAAUGCAUUAUUUGUUAGGUGAAAAAUAUUUCCUUGCGUAAAAACUGCUACUGUUCCCCUUACCAUCCCAAAAUUAACUAAGAUUUUUCCUUAACAUUUUCUCUCAGUUUCUAUUAAUUUUUCUAGCAUUUUCCUCAAAUUUUUCAUUUCACCUUAUUGCACCAAAUUUAUCUAAUACUCUUAGAAUUUAUCGAGUCGAAAAAUUUUAUUUUCAACUUUGUCAUAAUAAUAAUUAUUAUUAUUAGUAUUAUUAUUAUUAAAUUAACUGCAAUAAACAUUUUGAAAAUUUUGGAUUCUAAGGAUAAUCCUUUUUUUUAUAAUUUUAUUCACAUAUUUUGGAGUUUCAGGAUUUGACACAUUAUAAAAUCACGAAAAUUUUAAUAUCUUAAUUAAUAACUCAUAACUAUGAUUAGAGUCUCAUUUCACAAAUUGUUAUUGAAAUUCCCAAUUGUAUAAUUACAAAUUCAAUGAUUCAACAAUCAAAAUUUAAAAAUACUAACAUUUUUAAAACCCUCCCUUUCUUCUUGCUUUUUGCCUAAAUUCUGCAAGUGUUAGUAUUCACUGGUCUUUUGUUAAAAAUAUAGUUGGAUAAAACUUAUAUGCAUUAUUUGCAUUUUAGAUUUGAUCCAGGAGUAAACUACAGUUUGUCUACUUUUAAUAUUCAAACAAUGCCAUUAGCCAAACACUUCAUGUGUUCUUAUCUUGGCGAGCGUUUGGGCAGCUAAUAAUAAUACGCUGACCAAAAACCAUGCCACAAAUUUCUACCAAAUUAAGAAUGUAGUAGAAAAUGAGCUGAUGAUCUAGAAAGCCGUUAAUAGAUUCAUUGCUUGGGAAAGUGUAUACAUAACCCAGUUCCUAUUUUACAGAAUUAUGUUUUUAUACUGCUUGGCGUUGAAACCUGUGGCCAAUACCUUCGAAUUGCUAUUUAUAUUUAAUACAGUCCCGCCAAUGUAUUAAUUAUGAAAUAUCGUGAUAAUGUUAAGCUAUGUACAUUUUUUAUGUUUUAUAUUAAUCAUUAUAGUAUAGAGUUUUUGUUGAUUUUCUAGUGUUACUAACAGUAUUGUAAUUAUUAUACAUUUGCUUGAUGUUUUAGAGAAGUAUUGUAUUAGUAGUGAUAAUUUUGUAUCUAUUUUAUCUACACAUUAUUUUUUUAUAUGGCGCCUUUUACAUAUUUUAUAUUAAUAAAAUUUAAUUUUUUUUAACAUAAGGUUUUAAAGAAUACAGGGCACUCUGAACAUACAUUAGGGCUUAAAAUCUAAUUUGAUUUAUUAUUACAUAUAUUUAGGGGAUCGUGGAAAAAGUUGAUCUCAUUCACCGAGGAGAACUUGAUCAUGUCAUUUGAUUUCGAAGUCGAUAUUUUGUAUUAGAAUUAUUAGUUGUUAAUUUGUUGUUAUGUGUUAUCAGGUAGGAUUUAAACAUUUGGAAAUUAUUUGCGUAGUAUUUGUAAAAGUGUAUAUCAUGUUUUCUCCGGUCGUAGAUAAGUUUUCUUAUCGCUGCGUAUGCUUAAUUAACUGAUGCGGACUUGUUAUCGCCAUAUUAAACACACAGGUGCGGUUUGAUCUUUCGAAGACAUUAUUUUGUCAAGGAGGGAGAGAGGAAGUAAAUGGAAAGGGAAAAGGUUUUAAAUAAACGAACCGGUCAUUAAACGCCGCCUUUUGUUGGUUAAGCGUUUGUUUGGUGGUGGGAUGGGAAUCUAGUUUUCUUUCGCUAAAACGCAGCUGUAUUUGAGCACAUUUGUUCUAAAACUGUUAUUUUUGCUGUUUAUCGAAAACAGUCAGCUUCGCAAAUAAGUUGGCCAAAGACCACUACAAUUUUGUUUUAUUGAAAAAUUAAAAAGAUAAAAAAUGCUAGUGAUGGUUUUAAAGUUGCUAUAUUCCACGAAUUCUUUAUCGGUUCUAUGCGAGCGGAAAAGUUAGAUUUAAAAAAAAUUGCUGUAGCUAGCUCAGAUACCACUCGCACGUUCACCUUGUGCCCUUUUAUGUGUAAGGUACAAAAUUUGGUUCCAAUCAGUAAAGUCAUUUAGCCGGAAAUGGCAGACAGACAGAUCGAUCGAGAUUUUGUUUGAUUCGGAUUCCUGGUGCUUUAAAAUGUGUAUUUCCGUCAGAAACGUGGAGGGUCAUCUUUUACCAAAAUGCAAUAGGUAAUACCUCCCUUACAUAACGUGCGGGUUGUAAAAAGCUUUACGGCUCUACUUUAUUAACGAGCUCCUAGGGAGUUUAUAAUUUUGCGGUGUCUGUCCGUCUGCCCGUCAUUUAGCACGAUAUCUCGAUAACG